AUGGUCAGUCUCACAAAUUCAUCCAAAGAUAACAAAUUGGUGCACAACCUGUCAUCCAAAAAGCUGACGGAAGAACACAUGCAGGUGUUAAGGCAUGAAGCUUCAUUCAACACAGCUGAUGCCAGACCUGCCAACAUGGUUGCUGCAGUAGAAUCAAUCCUGGGCCAAACAGAAGCAACGGACGAAACGAAAGACCUCAUACGUCAUCAGGUGUCGUGCCUCCUCAUGGCACAUCGACCACGCGACUCUCUCUCCAAGGUCGAACAUAAGGCACUUACAGAACUCAGAGCCGACAAUGACCUCGUUAUCGUACCGGCGGACAAGGGCCGUGCACUGUCGUAUUGGACAGGACAGACUACAUUCACAAAGCUCAAACUUUGU